CCCAGCUCUCUCACAAUGCCGAAGUCAAGGACCUAGGGUGGAACGAGCCUCCUUCAAAGAUCCCCGCUCCUCUCGUCGGCGGUAUGGACAACGAGGAGCUCUGGGUCUUGGUCCGUCGCUUCAAUAAGGCGAUUCCCUCCCAGCUCUGCCACAAUUCUGCCUUCGGUCUAACAUGAUGCACAGCAAAUGUACCACGUCAAAGAGUAUCCCUACCCCGUUCCCGGAAACCUCGACCUCAACAUUGCCGAUGAAGACGAAUUCUCGCCCGACAAGCUGCGUGCUACCAUCGAGCGCUUGUACAUGACGGUCGGUCUGGGCAUGAUGGGCUUCAUCAAGCAGGUCGGCCGUCUGAGAUCAUGGCGCGAACGCAACCGCACCGCCUACUUCGCUGCCGCCUACUUCGUCGCCUGGCUCUUGGACAUGCUCGUCCCGCUAUUCACCGUCACCCUCGUCGUCCUCAUCGUAUACCCUCCCUCACGCGACGUUAUGUUCCCUCCCGCUCCACUCGCUCUCGUCGACGCUAAGACUGGCGGCGUGCAAAAGCCAAAGGCCGGCGUGCUAGGCAGUACCGACACAGCUACUGGUGCUCCAGAAAAACACAAGGGUGAAGCCGCAGAGGCCGAAGCCAGCAACUUCGUCAACAGCAUUGCAUCCGUCGCUCUUGCCAGUGCGAGCGGAAAGCACCCGCAGACGGAGCCUCCACCUGGUCAAGCCGGUGUGGCCGACAGCAUCCCUGAUCCUACCGCCAUUGCCAUGAGUGCAAGCACCGCAAAGACGUCUGCCGAAGGAAAGGCAGCCGCCCCUACACACGACAAGACAAAGGUACCCAUGGAGACGGCUAUGUGGAGCAAGAUGAGGCCUAUCAUGCACGGUCUUGCCGAUGUUGCCGACACCUGGGAGCGCUUCGCAAAUGCUCUGUCGCCUACUCCCCCCUUCCCUCGCGAGCUCUACCGCCUGCGUCUGGCUGCUGUCGUUGUACCGUUGGUUGCUGUUUCCCUCUUGACUUCGGCCUACAUGUUCACCAAGGGUGUCACCUUCGGCAUUGGCUUCGGCUUCUUCGGCGACCCAGUCAUUCAGCCCGGUUUGAGAUGGCUUAACCGUACCUUCCCUCACUGGCAGAAACUGCUCGAGAUCCGCAACACUCUGCUCAAGGGAGUCCCCACUAAUGCACAGCUCACCAUCACCGUUCUUCGCAUCGGCGAGGCAAACAAGGCACCCCUUCCUCCACCACCCCACAGCAAAGACCCUCCACCAGACCAGCCCGUCGAGAUCACCGAUGAGCACUUGCGUGCCACUGGUGCCGAUUGGCCACUUAACGCUACCCAGGAAGAACUCGACGAAGCCAUGGCACACGACCCUACCACUGCCCACGAGACGGCUGGUGCCGACAUUGACCACAGCAAAGACAGCAAGCACGGAAAGAAGGGCCACAAGCUCAUCUCUUUCUUCAAAAGCACCGUCAAGGGCACUGUGGAGACGACUCUGGGCGCCGACAGACUCAAGGCAAAGGCUGGAAGCGAGCCCUCCAAGCAACGCCUCGGUGCUGUUCCCAAGACGAAGGACUACAACAUCGAUGGCCCUGUCGACUUUGCCUGCAGAUUCCACGGCAAGAAGGGUCACACGAUCAUCUCAACCAAGACUGCUAUUCCUUAUGUCGCCUUUACUCUUGACAAGAAGGUUGCCGACCAGGGCUCUAUUGGCCGCGAGGAAGAGCUACACCCAGUCUGGACCGUGCCAGUUGCCGACAUCAAGGAGUUGAAGAAGGUCGGUGGACUCGGCUGGAAGGCCAAGUUGGUUGUUGGUUGGGCCCUCGAUCGUGAGGUUGCUGAUGGUAUGGAGAUUGUGAGCAAGACGGGCGAAGUCUUCACCAUCACUGCACUGCCCUUGAGAGACGAGUUGUUCAACCGUCUGAUCGCAAUGGGCGGCCAGAAGUGGGAGGCUUGGUAAAGCAAAAGAAUUGUAUGCACGAUACCACGGGACAUGGCGUUACUAUAGACCAGGAAUGAAAUGUUAUGACAUUGAUGACAAACAAGAUGUUGCGCUCUUUCGAUUGCGAC